AAAAAAAAAUUCAACGACAAGUUCAUCGAUAAAAAAAUAUAUAAUGAAAAAGUCAGCAAAAGUAAGUCCACACGAUAAUAUAACAGAAGUUGGAAUCGAAACGCCAACCGAAUGCAGAUUUGAUAAUAAUGAUAUGAAUCAAAACGAAAAAGAUAACACAUCAAUAAACAAAAUUAAUCAUUUUCAUAUAAAAAGCAUUGAAUAUCGUGGCUCAUUUACAGUUCAUGGACUAUCCAGAGCUCUUACAGGAAAUGUUUUUGAAAAGAUAUUCUGGGGUUUUAUAAUUUUAUUAAGCAUAGGUAUUAUAGUACGUAUAGCUUGGAGCUUGAUUAUAAAAUACAACAAAAAUGAUGUAUACAUUCGAUUUUAUUCUAAUGAGUACACUGAAGAAGAAACUCCAGUUUUAACUAUUUGUCCUAUUCAAGUAGAUAAACGAGGAAUAUGCAAACUGGAUAACAAUUGUACAACAACAAGCAAUAUCAGUCAAUUGCCUUAUAGUGAAAAUAGUUCUAGCAUCUGGCUGAAUGAUAAAAUAAGCGUCGAAGCUCCAGAUUCGAUGGUAGAAGGAUCACAGAUUGGUGAUUAUAUAGAAAGCACUUAUUAUGACUGUGUUAGAGUCAAUCCGAGAUUUUUCGAUACAUCAACUUAUACAGAAAAUUCAUUACGUAUUUACACAAUUUAUCCGCAAGAAAAAAUUGAACUUUUUGUUCACGAUGCAAAAGAUUUGUAUCCUUUUUUUCAAACUCAACCGGAUUAUAUAGAAGUCAACGAAAGUGACGUCAUAAGUAUUGAACUUAAACAUUACAAUAGAUUGGAACGUCCGUAUGCUUCAAACUGCAGUCAGGAUUCAGAAUUUUUGAUUUUUCCAGGUAACUACUCCAAAAUAAAAUGCACUGAAUCUUUAAAAUGCAUAAGUUCCUAUAAGGUCUGUGGAGGUAGUUAUGACUUUUGUGAACAAUUUAUACCAAAAGCCUUUAAAGCUGUUCAAGCAAAUUUUUCUCAAAAUGAGGCAGAAAACCUGACCGAAUGUUUAUUACAAGAAUAUAAAAAAAAAUACGAUCGUGAAUGUCCAUUGCCUUGUUAUGAAAAUGUUUAUACAUUUCUACCAUCUUUUUCAUUCAAUUGUAACUGGCUUGAUAAUUCCAGAGAAAUCGUCCUAUUUUUUCCAAUUAGUCCUUACUAUCACGUGUUUGAAGAAGUACCACUCUACUCUUUCGAGCAACUACUCUCUGAAUGUGGUGGGUUGAUUGGACUGUUUACAGGAAGUUCAUUAAUAUCUUUUAUAGAAGUUAUGGCGUUCCUAAGUCUUAUUUUGUUAAAAAUGUUUAACAAAAAUAAAAACAAAAAUGAAACAUAGCUCUUGAUUUCAUUUUGAAAUUUAAAUUAUACUUAUGGGUUAAAGUAUUUGUAAUAUAUAAAAUAUGUAAAAGUUUUAUCAUACUUUAUUCCUAAU